AUGGCCACCACCUCGCUCAGCGCCUCGCAAGAGUACCGCUUCGAGGUCGCCGCCGGCGCCGUGGUCACGCUCCGCCUCACCUCGGGCAGCGCCGAGAUGUUUGGCGCCGAGCUCGCUCCGCAGCGCCCGUACGCCUUCACCGGGCCGACGCAUGAGGCUGUCUACACGUGGCACGGCUGCACCUUUGAGCUCGACGGCGGGUGUCAGCACGCGUACGUUGCGUCCGAGACUCCGAUGGACGCGUACCUCCGGCUGCACACCGAUCUCGACGCUCGGCGCGCGGCGGCGCGCCAGGCGGACACGCACGGGCCGCGGGUGAUCGUGGCGGGCGGCGCAGGCAGCGGCAAGGCGGCGCUGUGCCGCAUGCUCGCCAACUGGGCUGCGCGGCGCGGCGACGGCCCUCUCCUCGUCGAGCUCGACCCGUCGCACGGCCACAUCGGGCCUCCAGGACUGCGCACCACACGCCGCGGCGAACCUCUGGCACUCGCUGCGGCUCACUGGGGUUCCGCGGGCCCUCGCCUUUGGGAGCGCGUCUCCGGCAGAGGCGGCGCUGCACUACCGCCACGUGACUGA